AUGUGUUACAAAAAGUUUGAACGCUACAUAGCAUUAUGUUUGCUAAAACAAAUAACUUUGACACUGUAUGUGAGUGGAAAACCGACGGGUAGUGAAAUAUUUACGGACUUUCAGUUAAAAGAUUUGGCGCUAGACGUGUGCACACAAUUGGAAUUCUUUGUUAAUGUGACAGUAGACACGUGCACGGAAAACUACUGGGCUCCAGAACAAAGCAUCCAGUUAUCAUCACCACACGUCAAGAUACGAUGUUGGAGGAACAAGAGCAUCUGGUUCCAGAUAGAGCCUUCAGAGUACUUCCAGCUUGUGGCGUUAGUGCCACAUCCGAACAAUGGCAGUAAUUAUAUACAACACAGUAUUAUAGAACCUUGGAGGGAAUUCGAAGAGAUUCCCAUAACACCACAGGUUAACUACACGAUAUGGAGUACGAAACUCAAAGAGGGAUCACCAGUAAUGUGGACAAGGGGUGAUACGUUUCCACGACAAGACAGAAAUAUAACUCAAGUAAAUAAAACAUACGAAAUUAAAAAGUUCUUCCAUCUUAAUGCGGAUCCUUCAGUAUUAGAUGGAAGGUUCACGUGGAACAUCAGUGGAGAUGCUGAUGUAUGCUUUGACGUUGUGAACUCUUGCCAGAAGUCCAAUUUGAAGCAGAAGAAAAUUUGGCCAAACAGUAAAGACAGCGAGCCCUAUGUGGUGUUCGACAAGCUGCCAGUGGACGAUGAAUGCAUCAUCAAUGUAGUAGGCAUGUACGGAACCACCACAGUGACGUAUCGGACGCCUUCCUGCUAUUCUGGCGAUUGUUUGCUUUCACCGAUUGAGCCAGAAAUGCCGACAAAUGUCACAAUAGUUGCGAUAGAAGACGACUUCGACAGUUGGGAGGUGCACGUGAGCUGGGCCAGGCCUGAUGUUCUCCCUGACUCCUACAACGUGUCUCUAUGGAUCGACGAAGUGGAAAUACAGAUACUCAUAUUACCUGGGGAUGCAACAGAAGCAGUGUUUAGAAAUGUGACGAACAACAGCGGUUUGGGCUUUUACGACGUGGGCAUCAAGUCCAAGCUGGGCACCAUCACAGCUGUCACCAGCAGACAAGCUCAGUUCCCUGUGUUGACCGUGGCCAGACACUGCGGGUGCAGCGCGCGGCGCGGAGCAAGCGGGUGGGGCGGGUGUCGCGGCCGUGGGCGCGGGCUGCGCUGCGGCCGCCGCGCUGGCGCUGCUGUGUCGGUGCCGGCGACGCAGGGACCACCUGCCUGUGCCGUCUUACAAACCGCAGGACGACAAACCGUUGAAAGAAGGCGAACCGAUGUGCUAGAAGUAUGGAGCGAGACAGAAGACCGGUGGGAGGUGCGAGCAGACAAGCUCGUGUUACACGAGGUCAUUGGAGAAGGAGCAUUCGGUGUCGUACGCAGGGCUACACUCGCCCCGCACUCCUUGCUCGUCGCUGUUAAGAUGCUAAAAGACUUCCCAUCGCUGGAGGAAAUCAGAUCAUUUCGUUCAGAGAUGGAGCUGAUGAAGAGCGUGGGCGUGCACCCGCACCUCGUGAGCCUGGUGGGCUGCUGCAGCGGUAGGAGACCACUUAUCAUCGCAGAAUAUUGCAGUCGGGGGGACUUGCUCAGUUACUUGAGGUGCACAUGGGACGUUAUGCUGUCUAAACGUAACGCGAAAUAUUACAACAACAACAUAGAGGUGUCAGAUUACAGGAACGACUUGUUCAAGUGCAAAGCACAGAUGGAGAGCUCUAAGCUGGUCGUCAACAAACUGUAUGAGCUACAAGAGAUCUGUGAUAAGGAACUGACUGCUUUAGACCUCUGUCCUUCUGCCGGCAAAUAG